AAAUAUAUCAUAACAUUCAGCACAGAAAAGCAAACACAGCUCCAUCUUUUCACUGUAGAAGAGCAGUGGGACAAUGGGUUUCUGCUACAGUAUUUCAUGGAUUCCACUUCUUGCUCUGAGCCACAUCUGCUUCUUUGUUGCCUGCGGAAGCACUAAUCAGGACCCAACUGCCAUAAUCGUAGGAACAGUUUACUGUAACACUUGCUUCCAUCAGAAUUCAUCAAGACACAACCAAGUCCUUUCAGGUGCUUCAGUAUUGGUAGACUGCAACAACCAGAUAACAAAGAGCGGCUUCCAAAAUUUUGUCAAAACAGACAAAGAUGGUGUUUUCAGGGUGCAGCUCCCCUCUGAAAUCAGCAAACACAUAAAAACAAUAAAGCAAUGCUCUGUAAAGCUCAUAAGCAGCAACGACCCAUUCUGCGCAGUGGCUGCUGCUGCAAAAGAUAUAACACCUUCUUCCCCUCUCCCUGCUUUAAACAUUCCCCCUCUUCCUCAGAUUCCAUUAUUGCCUACCCUGCCAAACUUACCUCCAUUACCAACCUUGCCAAAUUUACCUCAGCUUCCUGAUCCAUCCGCUGCUCCAUCUAACCCAUUUUUCCCGGGUAUCCCAAAGCAGUUACCUUCAAAGGAGACCAAACCUUAAAUUGAUGAACUCUAGAACUUAUUCUGGUUAAUUAAUAUGUAAUGUUUCUUAAGCUCUUCCAUAGACUUUCUACAUGCAUAUGUAGCUGAAUAAAGUGGCUAGUGAGAUCAAGAUAUGCAAUGUAUCUCAUGGUGAUAGCUAUUUGUCUAAGAACUUUGUGUCAUGUGAUUAUGUAAGUCGAGAAUAAGUUUCAUUUUGAGAUGUUCAAUUGUCCUUUGUGUGUUGUGGUGACAUUCAUAAAUUGGUGUAGUAAGUUGGUUUGAAUUCAUACUCAUGAUUAAAGAGAGUGACAAA